AUGGAUACAUUACUCGAAACUGCAAACCGCCGACACAGCCGGAUGGCUUUGAUGGCGGCGAGAUCUCGGAGCAUGCCCCCGAGUGCUUUACGCCAGGCCUGGUCGCCUGAAAGGAAGCUUCCAGCCUCCCUCGAAAGUGCUCGCAAUGAAGUUUUGUCCGAAAAGGGUGAGCCGAGCCCGAAAAACCGACAUUCCGACACUUCGGGCAGUUAUCACAUUGCGUCUCGUCGUACGUCUAGACUUGGUAAGUCCACUCGUUCCAAAAAGAAGUCGCCUCUCGUUAUUUUGUUGCAAACCGAUGGCAACUCUAGCCGUUACAGUCUGGUCCGAGGCAACGAAUUAGUCAAGGUGGGAAGACAAAGGGCUGACCUUGAGAAGCCCUUACCACCGUCGCCCUCCAAUAUGGAGCUAUCGGUGCCAGUAAACAAUGCUGGUCGACUUGACGCAGCUACGUCACAAGACAUGUAUAGACAAAGCGAAUUCGAUUUGGAGGCACAAAAGGAAAAGAUUGAGAGGAAUCGCUUUUGGAUUCUUGCCGUUUUCACCGUGAUUACGGGACUGGGCACAAUUAUACUCGUCCUCAUAGAAGUUUCUGACUUCUUUUCCGGCGAUUGA